CACAAAUCAGUUGUUGUUUAACACUCAUGGUCGAGUAUUGCCAACAACUUGACCACCAAGUGCAAGGUAAUAUUUAUAUAUUAUCAGUUUCAUACUCAACAUUAAUUAACUUCGCACUUUGUGCUAAGACUGAAUGCGUACAUAGUGUAUACAGUGUGUGUGUACGUUAAGUGGACUAUGUGGAAACAUGUGCAGAUGGUCUAGCCAAGGGUUAAGGUUAAACUGAACGCAUUUAUAUUUAUCAAUUGCACAACUUUCCUCCAUCCAAGUCUCAAUCCCAGUGCCCAGUGCGAUGUCUGCAAAACCGCCUAUAUUAAUCAUUGAGCCGUUCUUCGGCGGCAGCCAUAAACAAUUAAUCGACACACUUAUCGAAUGUCUCAAUGUGGAUGACUAUGAGAUCUUCAGUUUGCCAGCAAAGAAGUGGCAUUGGCGCGCCCGCACCUCAGCGCUAUAUUUCUCACAACUAAUACCGCCAGAGCAUGAAUAUAAAGUGCUCAUCACGAGCUCCGUGCUCAAUCUGGCCGAAUUAAUUGGUGUGCGUCCCGAUCUCGUCACCUGCCGCAAGAUUGUCUAUUUCCACGAGAAUCAAUUGGUGUAUCCCGUGCGCGAGGUGAAGGAGCGUGACUGUCAAUACGGCCUAAAUGAGAUACUCACGUGUCUGGCCGCUGACAUAGUGCUCUUCAAUUCGAACUUCAAUCGCAUGUCGUUUCUGGACAACGUGCAGCCCUUCCUCAACAUUCAACCCGAUUUCAAGCUGAAGCACAUCAGGGAGCGCAUCGAAAAGAAAUGCGAAGUGCUGUAUUUCCCGAUCAAGUUUCAUGCCUUUCCCAACAAGCGACACAUGAUGGACAUGACCGAGAAUACGGAGCCAGAGGAUUGCCUGCAUCUGAUUUGGCCACAUCGCUGGGAGCAUGACAAGAAUCCCAAGUUGCUGGUCGAAGUGCUCAUGGAAUUGAAUAAGCGACAAGUUGACUUCAAGGUGACAAUAUGCGGUGAAAGUUAUCAGGCGAUACCCGAGGCCUUUGAGGGAUUGCAGGAGAAACUGGGCGAUAAACUGAUCAAUUUUGGACAUUUGUCGCGCGAGAAAUAUGUGAAAACGUUGCUAACCGGCGACAUUGUGAUCUCGACAGCGGGUCACGAAUUCUAUGGCGUUGCGAUGUUGGAGGCGACAUAUUGUGGAUGCUAUCCGAUUGCGCCCAAUAAGCUGGUUUAUCCUGAAAUCUAUCCCAAGGAGAAUCUAUAUAAUACGUCCAAUUCGCUGAUCAAAAUGCUCUACAAUUGGUGUCGCAAUCCGCAAGUAUUUCGACGCACUCGGGACAAGUUCUUUGAUUUCUUCACAUUUGAGCGCUAUUCGGCACAGCAUUUGGUGCCCAAAUAUCUGGAAAAGAUGCGCAUUUCGGUGUAGAGAGGCAUUGGCAUUGGGGGCCUUAAAGAGAUAUAGAUAUAUAUCAUAAUAUCUUAGACUAGAUGAGAAUUCCAGUUGCUGUUUUGUGCAAUACGCAUCGAAUUUAGUUUUGUAAGCCAAAAGCGAAUUAAUAACGUAACGUAUAUAUAGACUAUAUAUAUAACUGACCAAUUUACCAGAUAUACAACGCAAUAUAUAUAUCUAUAUAUUUGUGGAGUAUAUAUAGCUUAAUGCUGAAUUUCUGUUUCAUUUUUACUUAUUAGUUUUAUGUCAAUGUUUGCCAAUUUGUUUUAUCACAAAACUCGAUCUAUAAACUUGUUAAUUUGAUUGCCAAUUGUUAGCAGCUAAAUAAAUAUGUCUGCAAAGUUGUUGUCAUUAAAAAAUAUGCAUUUAGCCAUAAGUUGAACUUGCUUUUGUUUAGGCUUUAAGUGAUCCGAUCCGAACACACAAGACAUAUUUUAAAGACACUCUUUUUUUUCAAAACCUUUUA